CCACACCCCAGCAGGCACUCCCCUCCCUGGUAGGUGACAGAUAAAGGCUCUCCCCAUCAGGGACUGCAGGGAAGGAGCCAGCCCCCUGGUUGCAGUGGCCUGUUGCUCAGAAGGGCUGUUGUAGCUGUGCCAUGCCUAGGUACACGGUACACGUGCGUGGGGAAUGGCUGGCCGUGCCCUGCCUGGACGGGAAGCUCACUGUGGGCUGGCUCGGCCGCGAGGCGGUGCGGCGCUACAUGAAGAAUAAACCGGACAAUGGGGGCUUCACUUCGGUGGAUGAAGUGCAUUUCCUUGUGCGCCGUUGCAAGGGCCUGGGCCUGCUGGACAACGAGGACCUGCUGGAUGUAGCACUGGAGGACAAUGAGUUCGUGGAAGUGGUCAUUGAAGGCGAUAUAAUGUCUCCCGACUUCAUUCCCUCACAGCCAGAAGGCGUUUUCCUAUACAGCAAAUACAAGGAGCCUGAAAAGUACAUCUCCUUGGAUGGGGACAGUCUGAGCACCGAGGAUUUGGUCAACCUGGGAAAGGGACUUUACAAGAUAAAGCUGACGUCAAUCGCCGAGAAGAAAGUACAGCAAUCCAGGGAGGUCAUAGACAGCAUCAUAAAAGAACAAACAGUUGUUUACGGCAUCACCACAGGUUUUGGGAAAUUUGCCAGAACUGUAAUCCCUGUCAAUAAGCUACAGGAGCUUCAGGUCAACUUAGUUCGUUCUCAUUCUUCAGGUGUCGGGAAACCUCUCAGUCCUGAGAAGUGCCGGAUGCUCUUGGCCUUGAGGAUCAAUGUCUUAGCCAAAGGAUACAGCGGGAUUUCCUUGGAGACCCUGAAACAAGUUAUUGAAAUCUUUAAUGCCUCCUGCCUAUCCUAUGUUCCAGAGAAAGGAACCGUUGGUGCCAGUGGAGACCUUGCUCCACUCUCUCAUCUUGCUCUGGGACUCAUUGGAGAAGGAAAGAUGUGGUCCCCAAAGAGUGGCUGGGCUGAUGCCAAAUAUGUCCUAGAAGCCCACGGACUGAAACCAGUUGUUCUGAAACCCAAAGAGGGCCUGGCACUCAUCAACGGGACACAGAUGAUCACUUCCCUGGGCUGUGAAGCUGUGGAGAGAGCCAAUGCCAUUGCCCGGCAAGCUGACAUUGUGGCUGCCUUGACCCUUGAGGUGCUGAAGGGCACCACCAAAGCUUUCGAUACUGACAUUCAUGCUGUCCGCCCUCACCGGGGACAAAUUGAAGUUGCUUUUCGGUUCCGGUCACUCUUGGACUCGGAUCACCACCCAUCAGAAAUCGCAGAGAGCCACAGGUUCUGCGAUCGAGUUCAGGACGCGUACACCUUGCGGUGCUGCCCACAGGUUCAUGGUGUGGUGAACGAUACGAUAGCAUUUGUGAAGGGCAUCAUUACUACAGAACUGAACAGUGCCACAGACAAUCCUAUGGUCUUUGCCAGUCGAGGAGAGACAAUUUCGGGAGGAAACUUCCAUGGUGAAUACCCAGCCAAGGCCCUGGACUAUUUGGCUAUCGGCGUUCAUGAACUUGCGGCCAUUAGUGAAAGAAGAAUCGAAAGGUUGUGCAACCCCGCCCUCAGUGAGUUGCCUGCCUUCCUGGUGGCGGAAGGAGGUCUGAACUCUGGAUUCAUGAUAGCCCACUGCACCGCGGCCGCCCUGGUCUCGGAGAGCAAGGCUCUGUGCCACCCUUCAUCUGUGGACUCACUCUCCACCAGUGCUGCCACGGAGGACCACGUCUCCAUGGGAGGGUGGGCAGCCAGGAAGGCCCUCAGGGUCGUCGAGCAUGUGGAACAAGUGCUGGCCAUUGAGCUUCUUGCUGCCUGCCAGGGCAUAGAGUUUCUACGCCCCCUGAAAACAACCACCCCACUAGAGAAGGUGUACGACCUGGUGCGCUCUGUGGCAAGGCCCUGGAUAAAAGACCGCUUCAUGGCCCCAGACAUUGAGGCAGCACACAGGCUGCUGCUGGAGCAAAAGGUUUGGGAAGUUGCUUCACCAUACAUCGAGAAAUACAGAAUGGAGCACAUUCCAGAAUCCAGACCGCUUUCCCCAACGGCGUUUUCACUAGAAUCCCUGCGAAAGAAUUCAACCACGAUCCCUGAGUCUGACGAUCUUUAACAGGCUUCCUCAGGGACAGGCACAUCAGAGGAGCAUGAGCAGAGCACAGCAGUGGGGUGCUGAAGGAGAGGCCUAGGAACCUCCCGGGAUGUGUAGAACUUUUCAAACUUGCUCUGCUUAGGCCUGGGACAGCAAUGCAGUCAUGGAACCCAGAGCUCUGUUCUUGUUGCCAUGGUUUGAGGGGUACCAGGUGCCUUCUGGCUGGGGAGUUUCCUUAAUAUAAAGAGGCUACUUACCUACUCUUAAAAACAGCCAUAGUUUCAUAGGUCUGUUUUUAGUCUUAGUAUUAGGAGAGUCAGUUCAGAACAUUUUUCUUAACAAAACAAAACAAAACAAAACAAAACAAAAAACACAUUAGAUUUUUGUGAACUUUUAAAAGGAAAAAAAAUUGUCUUGGGAAACUCUCUAGUUGGCUGAUUGUACUAUACCAUAAUCUGACAAGUAUGUUUUGAGUCAGAAUUUGUUCUUAAGCCUCUCCUCCUUCUGCUAAUUGAGUCAUAGAAAUGUCUUAAGCAAGGGGAACUAGUUCAGGGGUUGCAUAAACACGAAGAUCCAAAUUUAGUUCAGUUCUCCAGCAUCAGGGUAAAAAAGUCAAGCAUGGUGGUGGGCCCCUUAUCCUCAGUGCUGGGGGACAGAAACAGCUCCUGGGGAUUCAUUGUUCAGCCAGUCUAGCAAAAUAGUGAAUUCCAGGUUCAGUAUGAGACCCUGGCUCCCUCCCCACCCCACAAACAUGAUGUUUGGUGGGGAGUUGAUAGAAGAAGACAUUUUAACCUCCACCUUUGGGCUCUACAUGUGCCAGCAUGAGCAAGUCUACACACAUAGACAUUCAUGUACACACACACACACACACACACACACACACACACACACACACACACACACGAGACAGAGAGAGAGAGACAGAGGGAGGGAGGGAGAAAUGAGAAUAAUGAGCAGGCAGGAAGCCAUUAACUACAGAGGUUAUCUAUGUCCUAUUAACUACAGGGGGAUUAAACCACCCCUCUAAAAUGAAAAGGAGUUAGGGGAUGAGUAUAAUGAUUGCCCUUGUCUCAGCCGUGACUUUUCCUAUUUCUCUGAUCCCUAUACACAUCUCCGAAAUGCUUGGUGAUGUACUCAAGUUGAAGUCUGAAAUUAGUCCUGUCAUUUCCCAUAGCUUAGUGACUUUACUAAGCAGUCUCUCAUUGCACAGAUGAGGCAUGAGGGUGCAGGGAGGGGGUCAACCCACUGUCUGCAAUAGGUAAUCAUUAAAAUGAGCUUUGUUGACACACGUCAGACGGGGCCCAUGGAUGCAUUGCCCAAUCUCUGUUUCUCCCCCAAACACAUAAAGAACCUUGUGGGAAGGCUUUGCAUGAUUGUGCAGAAGGGUCACAUGACCCCUUGGCGUCCCGGGGCUGAGGUUGAUGACUUUGCACCCAUCACUGUAAACAUGCACAUAACACUGCAUGUGCUGGUGUGGCUAGAAAGCCUGCAGCUGGUUAACUAACACUCUUGCCAGCAUCUUGAGCUUGCCCGAGAUGUGUUGCUGAGUCUGCCAUCAUUCUUCAGGGCAUCGCUUGUCCGAACACACUGUCUUCAGCAACUCAAGAGGUGAAAAUGGGCCCAGGACCGGCUUUACUGCAGGUUAUUACUGAUGUUAAAUUCUGCUGAAUGUCGACACACACACAUACACACACAAGCUUAGCCAUUCUUGUACCCAAGCUGCAGCAAUGGCUGCUCCCACCCCUGUUUUGGAAGUGCUGGCUUCCUGUCCACCUCUGCCUUCCUCUGAGAGAUUCCAUCUGUAGGUUUUGUAUAUUACUCUGUUAGCUCCUAAUCUUCAAGGCUCUGGUAGAUAGGGGGCCAACUGUGUCAAUGGCUUGUUAUCAUUGUGUUCUUCAGUUGGCGGAAAAAUUGAACCUACGGUCUUGUGUCUGUUAAGUGAAUGCUCUAGCAUCGAGUUGCACCUAUUUUUAUUCAUGUUGAACAAAGUUUAACACCUUAUAUUUGCUUUUCUGCUGCUGUGGGAAAAAAUUAGAGCAAAAGCGGCCUGGUGGAGAAAAGAGUUUCUUUUAGCAUACACUCCCAUAGAUGCUCCAUCAUUGCGGGAAGUCAGGGCAGCAAUCUGGAGGAGCACUGCUUCCUGGAUGUAGAUAGGCCCACCGCCUAGAGACGAUGCCACCCACAGUGGGUCGGGCAUUCCCACCUCAAUUAUCAAUCAAGAUAAUCCUUCACACACAUGGCUGCAGGACAAUCUGAUCCGGGUCGUCCCACCGCUGAGGUGUCCCAGUUACUCUAGGCUGUGUCAAGUUGAUGAAUAGUGCUCACGAGGGCACACCAGUACCUCUUUUGAGAAAGCCUUUUCCAAGUUUCUGAAGGAUUCAGUCAGAAAAAGAUAACUGACCUUAGACAAUGUGUUGAACCCAUUGCCUUUCCUGUGGUGUGGCGGCAGGCAAGUUGACAUAUCAGGGUUUUUCCCCCAGGCUGCUUCCCUGGGUUUCCUCACUUAGGGCAGUAGGAGAAGAUGAAGACCAAGCUUGAGGUCCUCUAAAACUUCCGUUGUUACAUUUGCUUAUUUCCUAGUGACCAACGCAAGCCACGUGGCAAGCCAGAGUCUGAGAUUCAAGAGCAUGGACAUAUGACUUAGUAUACUUGUGGCCAUGAGCAAACAAUCCCGCCAGUUUAAAUAAAAUCCAAUGAAUACCUGAAAAGAGA